AGAGAGAACAUUUACGAUGCUGUUCUACCCUGUGCUAGUAUUGCUACUGCUUUCCCUCAGUUUGCAACUCUCAACACAGUAUGAAGAUUGCUCCUCCCAGUGUUUUACUUGUCUUCAAGACGUGUCAGAUUCAAAUACCCUCAACCAACUGGUAUGUACCUUGGUGUGUGAGGGCAAACUUCGGACACUCUGUGAGCAAAAGAGAAAUAAGUGUGCUGAAGCAGUUCAAGCCUAUGAGUUGAAAGAAUUAGCGAACAACAAUGAGAAAGGACCAACACAUGCUGAAGAUACAGAAUCCAAAGGAAUAUCGAUUGGUACAAUAGUCAAGCGGUAUGGAGGAUUCCUUAAGAAAAUUUACAAAAUUAAUUCCGAUAUUAGGAAAAAAGUUAAUGAAAAAGACACAGACAUAACUGGAAAAACACCAAAGGUAUUGGGAAAAUGCACUGAGUCCAAGGCAGACACUCCACUGGACAGUGUUCAGUCUGCAGAGAAAAAUGAUGUCUACUUAAACAAUUCAGUUUUGAAUGACUGGUAUCAGAGGAUUUUGAGCCAAUACGCUCCAAUACACAUUAAUGAUUCUUCAGCAGAAAUACAUCUAAGGAGUUUAGAAAAAAGAUAUGGAGGUUUUUUGCGGAGAACUCUACCAAGAAUCAAGUGGCACAAUCAGAAGAGGUAUGGUGGGUUUCUAAGACGACAUUUCAAGAUAUAUGGUAGAUCAAAUGGACACCUAAUACCUUGUCUCUUCAGUCAGCAAGUCACCACCUGAACUUACUUUACUUAAUAAUCAUCACUGCAAGAUAUCUAUUGGGUUUUGCACUUCAUGAUAAGAGCCCACACUGGUCAAGUAUGUCACCAUUAACAUUUAAAUACGUCAGUUUAUGUAUUUAGUUUCUUUAUGU